UUCCUUUCUUUUCGACUUUCCAAAUAGCUUAACGGCUUCGAAGUUUCCUGCUCUCCAAGCAAACAAUUCAGACUUACUCUAUCAGUCGUGACUCCCUCCAACCAUCAUGCAGAACAUCUAUCGCCUCUGGCAAGAGGUGCACCACCAUUACUACGCGCCACUUGUUAGGUCUGGACCUUUUGCCUCAGAACUACAUCACUUCCGCUCUUCUUCAAGCAACUUCUCAAAUCCCUUGAGAAGACACUCGGCUCGGUUCCUCCUGUCGAGUAAGAAGCCGAACGCACGCCGAGCAUGCAAGGCAAAAGACGAAGCGCAGCUAUGCUUAACAGGGUAUAUCAGUCCCCAGACUACAAAAACUAUGCCUCUCUCCGGUAACAGUUGCACGCUAGCAUCCCAUUCUCCGCAACCGUGGCACAAUCCCAGCUUUCCGAGCUCGGAUAGAUCCGCGAAACGCAUCUCAGGCCCACACAACCGCUUCUCCGGCCUCUAUUUGAACUCCCCGAAACAUCCUCCUCCCUCUAUGCAACCUGCCUCCUCUAUCCUACCUACCUCUCCCCACUCGCAAUCCCCGUAAACCGCCCUAGGAAAUCGCACCCCGACACCCACCCCCUCCAUCUGCACUUCGACCAAUCCGAGUCCUUCCCCGCCGCCUCGUGUGCGCAACAGAAAACGUGCGUCACGAAGGACUACGUCUAGACGAGAGAAG